AUUGCCGCAAACUGUUUUUUUUUUGUUGUACUCAGUAUCUAAAAACUGACUCAGAGCUGAAUGAUAUGGUAAACAAACCCCCCCAGUGUGAAUUACGUAUAGAAGUUUCAUUCCAAACCUUGCCGUUUCGGAAGCAAAAUCGUUAGCUGCGUAGACACGGAUCCGCCGACCCGUGAUUGAGGCACCCUAUUUAUACACCUUUUGUACAUUUUAUCGCAACGAUAAACAGGGUAAAAACGUUGUUAAAACGAAAAACAAUCGUUUUGAAAUUGGUUUGUGAAGUGAGUGCAACUAUUUACUGCGUGCGGCCGGAAAUUUGGAUAGCAAGCAACACACUACACUACGUAAUCAAGACAAUCAAUCGUAAUUAGUAAUUACCAAAAAAAAAAAAAACGCAACCCCACAUCCAGAAAGAGAGCAGUGAUUUCGCGAGGAAAAGGAUUUCUUUGCUUUACUCCUCCGCCGCCACUACCUUACUACAACGAAAAACGUUCUCUUUGCUACACCCAGCAUGUCUGCCAUCAGCCUGUUGAAGGAGUUGCUGAAAGCGUCCGAAAAGGCUGCUAACAUCGCACGUGCGUGUCGCCAGAAUCAGCGCCUGUUCAGUUUGCUGAUACAGGAAAAGGAGAAGGAUGAAUCGAACUCGCGGUUCGAUCAUGAUUUCAAAACGUUAGCCGACUGUCUCAUACAGGAGAUGAUAAAGUACGACAUCGGCAAGCAGUUUCCAGAAUUACGUGACAACAUCCGUGGGGAGGAGAAUGCCAAAUUUACCAAUACGGCGGGCGACUCCGUCAUCGUGACGGUGACCGACGAUCCGGCCAACACGGUGGCGGUGCUGGAAAAGAUUCUAAACGGCGACAAGGAGGCAGCAGCGGCCCUCGUUGACGAGGUGUACCGUGAGGUGGAGCUCGAUCUGGAAGCGCUAGAAAUACCGACCGACGCAAUACCGUUAGACAACGGUUGGGCCGAGUUGGGCAUCUGGAUCGAUCCGAUCGACGGGACCGGCGAGUACAUUAAGGGCGAGGAAAAGUUAACGAAGUUUCCGAACAUUGCAUCCGCGGGCCUAAAGUGUUGCACCGUGCUAAUAGGCGUGUACGAAACGUGCCAGGGCACACCGAUCCUGGGCGUUAUCAAUCAACCGUUUGCAGACCGGGUGCCCGAACAGGACGACAGGUACGAGGGCAAAAUUUACUGGGGUAUGUCGAUAGGCGACCUGAAGUUCAACAACAUCGCACCGCACGAACCGGAUGCACGCAUCGCCAUACUGUCUCCGUCCGAACAGUCGAAGUACGUGGAGUUCAUACGCAACCAGCUAAAGUACGACGUGAUCUAUUCGUCCGGUGCGGGCUACAAGAUACUGAAGAUAGCGACCGGCGAGGCGGAACUGUUCCUGCUAAGCAAAGGCACCACGUACAAGUGGGACACGUGUGCACCGCAAGCCAUUCUUCGUUCCAUGAACGGGGACCUGUUCAAUCUGCAGGACACACUUAUCAGCAAGUCGGUGAAGAAAAUUUCGUACCAGGAUCGGAAGGUAACGCGCAAUAUGGGCGGACUGAUCGCCUACCAGAACAUCGACAAGCUGCGAGAAUUUCUCAAACUGUAAGCGCGAGCUGCAUCAUUGGCGCGUGCGCACGCGUCUACCUUAUACGCUUUUUCGGUAUCAAUUAAUCAAUAUAUAGUAUUUCAAAGGCAAAAAAAAGGUAACCAAAACGGACGCAAAAAAACAACACUUAAGAAAUAGAUUCGAAUGGCUGUUAACCGUUGAUAUAUAGACAUAUAAAUGUUUAGAGAAAUUUCUUAGUAGUUCGUGUUUGAACGUAGGAAUGGACGAUCAGCUAGUGCAUGGUUGGCGCCAAACAAAAAAAAAGCAUGGUGUUAUAAAUAUGGAUCAAAACUCAAGGAAUAUUUAGUGAGACUCUAUUCAAUCAAAGGCUGUCUUUGUAGGUAACGUUUCUUGCUUUGCGGACACAGAAUACGGAUGGUACGGAGUGUCGUUCUGUAGCAUCGUAGCCGUCAUACCGAUUUUAGAUAUCUAUUUUUAUAGCUAAUUUGCUCGUAGCUCGUAAACCAUAAGUAUAGAUUAACGAAAUGUGCGGAAUUAUUCAGAAUUGUUCCAUAUCAAAAUUUCCCCUCCACCCUCCCCCCAAAAAACAAAAGGAGUGAAACGCAUUUUGAUAACAAUAUUGUGCGCCUUCGUUUGCAAAAGAGCCUAACUAUGCUUCCACAACUGCGCCAUGUUUCUGUUUGUUCGAUGUGUUCAACUAUACAAUUUUUGCCUAACUACAAGUAUUACUUACGUUACACAAAACGCUUAUAAUCAUCGAUAACAGGGUCGUACGCAAACGUUUCAGAUGUUUUGUUGGAGUAUUUUCUAGAUUCAGACACAGAUGGAGAUAUACAUAUAUACAUAAACCCAUAAUCUAUUGGAAAGACACUGUAGCUGGAUAGAAUAGACCACGUGUUAGUGACGUAGAGUGAUAUAACCCCCAUAACCACGUGUUGAACUAGUUUCAUGGUAGUUUUGAUGUACAUUAAUCGUAUGCAAUAUUACCGAACUAGCAGAGCAUCCUUCGAGCAUUGCGGUGCUCACCCUCGUUUUACCGGUUUAGUUUGACCAACAUUUUUCUCAUCUCUCAAUGCGCCGGAUGAAAAACCCAACAAACGUUCAAUAUGGAUAUCGACCGUAUUCGUUGAAUAGAUGUGCCGUAAACUAUACAGCAAUUAAGUUCCAAAUAAAGUUUGAACUAAACCACCGACACGUUCAAUACAA